ACCACGCACGCCGUCGAAGAGCGAGAAGUACGAGCACAGAGGAUCCCAACAGGCCCUGAAUGUAGACAGGGUGAAGCUUCAGUUCUCCGCGGAAUGUUCCUUCGACGACAUUGCAGUUUGGCGUUGGGCGCGUAUCGACGUUGCUCUCGUCGAUCAUGCUUCAAACCAGCCGAGCCCUGUGAUGCUACAUGUAGGGGUACAGGAUUGCCUCGCCGUCGGUGCUUCUCGAGACUUUCUGAAGGCAGUGUGGGUUUCAUCGGGCUAGGAAACAUGGGCUCGUGCAUGGCAACGAGCUUGGUGAGAGCCGGUCACGACGUCCUACUUUUCGACGUUGAUGCACGUAAAGCCAAGGCUGUGGCAGCUGAUACCGGCGCCACGGCGGCAUCGUCCCUGAAAGAGGUCGCCCAAGCGAGUCUCUUCAUCGUCACGAUGUUGCCGAACACUUCGAACGUGGAGAAAGUGUACCUGGGGGGAACCUCCCACCAUCGCCGAGAGGGGGCCACGACCGAUGGUCCUUCCCUGUCACCGGAGAAGCAGCGCGUGAGACAGGCGGGGAACGGUGACACCGAGACUGAGCAAGGGCUUUUGGAUUGGGUUCGGUCGGGGACUCUGGUGGUAGACAGCAGUACGAUUGACCCGCUCGCUUCGAGGAGGGUCAACGCCAUCGCCGAGAUCAAGGGUGUUACAAUGGUUGAUGCUCCUGUCAGCGGAGGGGUCCCCGCAGCCGCAAACGCCACUCUCACCUUUAUGGUAGGCGGGACUGACGAGGGGUUGGAACUUGCUCGCCCCCUGCUGAUGGCGAUGGGAUCCAAGGCCGUACAUUGUGGGGACGCCGGUGCCGGGUGCAUCGCAAAGGUCUGCAACAACUUGAGCCUUGCGAUCUCGAUGAUCGGAGUGGCCGAGGCCAUGAGUCUUGGCUCCAAGAUGGGAAUGGACGCGAAGGUCCUGGCGAGCGUCCUUAACUCGUCGACAGCGCGUUGCUGGAGCUCUGAGGCGUACAACCCCUUCCCCGGGGUGAUGGAAAACGUCCCCUCUUCCAGGGGUUUCCAGGGAGGCUUUGCGGCGUCUUUGAUGGAAAAGGAUUUGCACCUCGCUCUACAGGCGGCGAGUGAGAGUUCCCAGUCUCUGCCAAUGGGGGCACACGCGCACCAGCUUUACUCCCAGCUAUGCAACGAAGGGUGGGUGGUCUCGUCGAACAACACUUGUUGGACGUGUGUCAAGCCACUUUCAACUUUCAACGGGCGCGUGUGCGUUGUCUUCGACAACCACUAG